GUUCCCAUAGAGGACAGUCUGCUGCCGCAAGCCUAGCUUCGUCCACCUCUGAAUCAAGAAACAAAACAACUAGGCAUGGACGACCGCACCUACAAGGGCGGCAUCAAGGCGUACUGGAAGCGCCGGGGCUACUACCGCAUGGACGGCGACGCCGCGCGGCGCCGCCAGCCGCUCCCCACCGUGGAGCUCGGAGGUGGCGUCGCCCAGGCCCAGGCCCAGGCCCAGCCGCCGACGGGGGAUGGCUCGGGCCGGCGCCGGCGCCGCGGGUGGCGCGUGCGCCGCGGCCAGCUGGGGCGGCGGCUGCUCCGCGCGCUGUCCCCUCGCCGGUGGCUCAUGCGGCUCCGCGACGCGUACGUGUCCGCCAUGCUGCGGCUGGCCUCCUCCCCCGCCGUCGGGUACGGCGCCGGCGCGCCCUUCUGCGCCACGGCGACCCACGGCGCGGCGGCGGCGGCGGCCUUCGCGCGGCCGGCGCAGCUCAAGGAGUACGACGAGAAGGUGCUGGUGGAGAUCUACAGGUCCAUACUCGCGCGCGGCGGGCCUCUCGCCGGCGCGCCUGCCGCCGCCACGCUGCGGCUACCGACGGCUGUUUGAGCUUGAGCGGCAGAAGAGACGUGUGUUCUUCUUGCUUAUUUUUAUUCUUAUGUGUCGCGACUUGUACUGAGUUGUAACUUGCGUGCGCCCCACAAGCUAGCGUUUCUUCUUCGUUCCCAAUUCGAUAUCAUCAAGUCUUAUGUUAUGGGCUUGGAGUCCAAAGUCUGGUGCAUAUUUUUUGCACCGCGGGGGAAAAAAAACGGGCUCUGUCUAGUUUGUCUGC